GGGGGCACAUGUUAUGGUUCAUAUCUCACUAAGUUUAUAUCUUGUUCUUCUUUACAGUAACAGAGGGCAGACCGGCAUUGCAAUGAUCCGUAGAAGGUUCCGUUUCACUCUGAAGGUGUUCUUCAUCGCCUGCAUCGUGGCGGGAGGCUUCCACCUGCACCUGUUACAGCGGCACCUACACCGCGCGGAACGGCGGAAACAACUGGGGCGUAUGACCUCUGACCUCACCGAUUCCGUCAGAGGGCAACUGGUGAACUUAUCAGUGGAAACUCUCGCGCCUCAAAGUGUGCUGAGAACCUUUGAUCUCGUCGAUGACGUCGGAGGGCAACUGAUGAACAUCUCUACAGAAGAUCUUGAGCCUCCGAGUGUGGUCAGAACCAACGGCCGGACUUUGCACGCCGAAAGCAAUCAGAAUGUGCCAGAAGAAACCAAAGCUCAACUGAACACCGCAACGAAAGGCGACGCAAGUGGAAGCGAAAGUGUAUCCGAAGACUUUAGGAUCGUCAAUACCCCAGAGAAAAGGAAAGUUCAGAUGAAUACCACAGUGCAAGGCAACGGAAGUGGAAGUAAAAGUGUAUCCGAAGACUUAAGCGUCGUGAAUCCUCACCCUUACACCUUCACGAUCAACAAUCCCGACAAGUGUGCGGGUAAGCACGUGUUUCUGCUCAUGAUUGUGACGUCAUCGCCGACUAACCACGCCCAGAGGCACGUCAUCCGCCACACCUGGGGAAACACGCACGUGAGAAACUCACCUGACAUCACCAUCGUCACAAUGUUCGCUGUGGGGAAAACCAACGACGUCAUCACGCAGCGAGCCUUGGAGUACGAAAACAAGAUACAGCAAGACAUCAUCCAAGAGGACUUUGUGGAUUCGUACAGAAAUCUGACCCUGAAAACCGUCAUGUGUCUAAAGUGGGCCUCAGAGUUCUGUCCUAAAGCCAGGUUCGUCAUGAAAGCAGACGACGACACUUUUGUGAACAUCUACAGCUUACUGAACUAUCUAAAGAAUCUGCACACACUACGCAGGGAGAAACUGCUGAUGGGGCACGUUUUCUAUGAUGCAAAACCGAUUAGAGACAGGAAGGGGAAGGACAAAAAGUGGUACUUGAGCCAUAAAGACUAUCCAAGAGAAACAUUUCCAAAUUACACGUGUGGAUUUGCCUACGUAAUGUCCAAGGACAUCAUACGACCAUUGUUCCAAGCGUCGUUGACUGUGAAGUACAUAUUCCUUGAGGACGUGUACAUAGGACUUUGUUUGGAAAAACUGGGGAUCGAACCGGACCACCAGGUUGGCUUCCGGACAUACAAGGCGCCGUCUACAUCAUGCACGUCUGUUAAACAACUGGCCGGUCACUGGUUCAAAACUCCUGAAGAUAUGACGAAGGCAUGGGACGUGCUCAACAAGAGCUGUUAGGGUUUAAAAUCAUCUUAUGUCGAAUUAUACAUCAUACUUAGCUACUACUUGCUAUUCCAUUUCGUACCCCAUUUUCCAGCGUAUUUCGUGCAAUUAUCCGGGUGGUGCAACAAAACGAAGUUAUACACUUAGGAUUUGGGGAUUCCGUGCAAUAAACAGAAAGUGCAAUGAACUUGCUUAUAAUAUAUAUAGAUAUGAAUAUAUAUAUAUAAGACAGAGAGAGAGAGAGAGGAGGGAGACAAACAGACAGACAGACAGACAGACAGACAGAGAGAGGGGGAGAGUGGACGUUAUUUCUUUCUCGGUAAAGCAACGUGACAAUAUGUUGCCAGUAGACAAAUGCUUUUGCGGUUCAAAGACCUUCUCAUGGUUGUGACUUCUCGAGUAUACGGUAAUACUUCAUGUAUAUCAAGUGCCUUUCUUAUUGGAUCCUGAUAUUACUACCUGAAAGUGUUUAAAAUAUCUUUCUCAGCUAUAUCCCAAAGUGUGAAUUGAAUGAUGCCUCUUGUAAAAGACAAUAAAGUAUUAAUGUUCAGACACAUUCA